AUGUCAUCCUCACGAUCAGGAUCCAAGGUACCCAACCGCCGCCAGAACCGCCGGGCAGCUUCAAGGAAGCCGGCACCCCCACAAGAAGACUUCAGCGAGGAAUAUUCUGAGGACUACUCCGAGGAAGAAGCACCACAGCCGCGGCGCCGCGGACAACAAACCAAGCAGAAGGGCGGCAAGCAGGGCGGCCUUCUGGGUGGAGAGGGAGGUCCUCUGGGCGGCCUAGGUGGCGCACAAGAUUUGCUACCUGUUGGCAAUGUCGGCGAGACAGCGAACAACCUCGUCGGUGGUGCCACCGGUGCUUUGAGCAACGUGGCGGGUGGUGCCCUUAACCAGGGCGGCGGUGGCGAUAAAGGCAAGAGCGAUACCUUGAGGCUGAGGUUAGAUCUGAACCUUGAGGUUGAAGUUACGCUCAAGGCCAGAAUCCACGGUGAUCUGGAGUUGGCUUUGCUGUGA